GACUGCACGUGUCCUCCAUGGCCGCGGCGCUGGGUUGGUUUUACCGGGUUCCGGGCUCUGCCGGGUGCACGAAGCCAUCGGUAUCAGCAUCAACCUCUCCUCUCCUAGCCUCGGAUCCUCUCAUCCUCCUCGCGCACUAGAGAAGCUAGAGCUUCACCCACUCGUGCUUCUCUCCUCGCCUCGCCUCCCUCAUCUCGAUCUUCCAAUGGCGACGUGACGAGGUGGUUGCCCUGCGCUGCGCUUCUGACCACCACGUGCAUUUCCAUUUCCCGCUGCAUCCGAUCCGUUUGUUGUUGUUGCCGUGGCGUGCCUUGUGAAUUUGCUGCUCCGAGCGAGAGCGAGCCGGUGGUUUGGUUGGUUGCAGAAGCUUUGGCUUCCGCUGAGGCUGCGCUGGUGUGGCCGGUGGCUCACGGGUUUCAGGCCGCGCGCGCGCUCGCGCGGUGUUUUUUUUUUUUUUUUUUUUUUUUUUUUUUGCGCUCACAAGGAAAGUGCAGACGCGCAGUGUAAAACGUCGUGGCAACCCCAACCGUCCCAAUGGCGACGCCGCCCACUGCUUCCCGCGCGUCGCCAUAAAAUCUCGUACGCGUACGUGCGCGCGCUCGUGUGCGUCUCUCCUUCUCCUCUACUCUCUCUUCACGCGGGCUGGCUGGCUGGCUGUUGAUGAGCAUGGGGCACUACACCAACCUGACGGAUCCGAGGACGGAGCUGGAGGUGGUCAGGGACUGGAACGGCGUCGACCAGGUCGUGCUCCGCUCGCCGCGGGGCGCCUACGCGCGGGUGAGCCUGCACGGCGGGCAGGUCCUCUCCUGGAGGAACGACCGCGGCGAGGAGCUUCUCUUCACCAGCAGCAAGGCAAUCUUCAAGCCACCAAAGGCGAUGCGUGGUGGAAUCCCGAUAUGUUUUCCACAGUUUGGAAAUUCUGGAACAUUGGAGCAACAUGGAUUUGCAAGAAACAGGAUAUGGGCCCUAGAUGAGGAGCAUCCACCAUUAAAUCAAAAUGAUAACAACAGCAAAGCUUCUGUUGACCUUAUACUAAAGCCAUCUGAAGAUGACCUGAAGUGCUGGCCACAUGGUUUUGAGUUCCGCCUGAGAGUUUCUCUUACAAAGGAUGGGAACCUGUCACUAGUAUCACGCAUCAGAAAUGUUAAUGGCAAGCCAUUCAGUUUCUCAUUUGGUUAUCACACAUAUCUGUCUGUUUCUGACAUCAGUGAGGUGAGGAUAGAAGGCCUUGAGACACUUGAUUAUCUCGAUAAUCUUAGCCAGAGAGAACGUUUUACAGAACAAGGAGAUGCCAUAACAUUUGAAUCGGAGGUUGACCGAGUCUAUGUUAGCUCACCAAAUGUAAUAGCUGUUCUGGACCAUGAGAAGAAACGCACAUUUGUCAUAAGAAAGGAAGGACUGCCUGACGUUGUUGUGUGGAAUCCGUGGGAAAAGAAAUCGAAAAACAUCGUGGACUUCGGCGAUGAGGAGUACAAACAGAUGCUGUGCGUUGAUGCGGCUGCAGCGGAGAGACAAAUCACUCUGAAACCGGGAGAGGAGUGGACAGGGAAGCUUGAGCUUUCUGAAGUUCCAUCGACUAACUGCAGUGGCCAUCUUGAUCAACCCGGUAUCAUCAUUUAGAAUAUGGCUUGAUAGUUUAGAAUUUUACCAUUUUCCUUUUUUACAUGAGAUCGAUAUGCUCCUCCUCUGCCAUCUUGGUAAAAAUUCUUCUUGUACGUGUACAAAGAUUUUACCAUCUUGGUCAGCGGUUCGUUUUAAGCUUAUGCCAGAGUCAUCUUGUUUGUUUUGGUUUCUGUGAUACCAAUACAUGUGGGCGCAAGAUAUACUGAACUUUUCUGAUCAGAAUUCAGAGCUAA